UUAGAUGGAAUAUAAUACAGUAGAAGGCUUUUCAUCAAAAGGAUUAAUGCCUGCAUUAUCAUUUCUGCAAUAGAAUAGAAAGCUAAGUGGUGGAGGCCACAGACACCUCAAACCUGGAUUCCACAAUUCUGCAUUAAGUGCUGGAGUUUUAUUACUCUGCCGUAGGAAAGCCUUUGCCAAUGCUUACAAGGAACUGUUUCUCCCUGCUUCUCUGGGUCCUGUUUGAUGGAGGUCUCCUAACACCACUUCAACCACAGCCACAACAGACUUUAGCCACAGAACCAAGAGAAAAUGUUAUCCACCUGCCAGGGCGGCGAUUACAUUUCCAACGAGUUAAACGUGGCUGGGUAUGGAAUCAAUUUUUUGUGCUGGAGGAAUACAUGGGCUCCGAGCCUCAGUACGUGGGAAAGCUCCAUUCCGACCUAGAUAAGGGAGAGGGUACUGUUAAAUACACCCUCUCAGGAGAUGGCGCUGGCACCGUUUUUACCAUUGAUGAGACCACUGGGGACAUUCAUGCAAUAAGGAGCCUAGACAGAGAAGAAAAACCUUUCUACACACUUCGAGCUCAGGCUGUGGACAUAGAAACCAGGAAGCCCCUGGAGCCUGAAUCAGAAUUCAUCAUCAAAGUACAGGAUAUUAAUGAUAAUGAGCCAAAGUUUUUGGAUGGACCUUAUGUUGCGAGUGUUCCGGAAAUGUCUCCUGUGGGUGCGUAUGUGCUCCAGGUCAAGGCCACGGACGCAGAUGACCCGACAUAUGGAAACAGUGCCAGAGUCGUUUACAGCAUUCUUCAGGGACAACCUUAUUUCUCUAUUGAUCCCAAGACAGGUAUUAUUAGAACAGCUUUGCCAAACAUGGACAGGGAAGUCAAAGAACAAUACCAAGUCCUCAUCCAAGCCAAGGACAUGGGCGGACAGCUGGGAGGGCUAGCCGGAACGACAAUAGUCAACAUCACCCUCACCGAUGUCAAUGACAAUCCACCUCGGUUCCCCAAAAGCAUCUUCCAUCUGAAAGUUCCUGAGUCUUCUCCUAUUGGCUCAGCUAUUGGAAGAAUAAGAGCUGUGGAUCCUGAUUUUGGACAAAAUGCAGAAAUUGAAUACAAUAUUGUUCCAGGAGAUGGGGGAAAUUUGUUUGACAUCAUCACAGAUGAAGAUACACAAGAAGGAGUCAUCAAAUUGAAAAAGCCAUUAGAUUUUGAAACAAAGAAGGCGUAUACUUUUAAAGUGGAAGCCUCCAACCUCCACCUUGACCAUCGGUUUCACUCCGCGGGCCCGUUCAAGGACACGGCCACGGUGAAGAUCAGCGUGCUGGACGUGGACGAGCCGCCGGUUUUCAGCAAGCCGCUGUACACCAUGGAGGUUUACGAAGACACGCCGAUUGGGACCAUCAUUGGUGCCGUCACUGCACAAGACCUCGAUGUGGGCAGUAGUGCUGUUAGGUACUUCAUAGAUUGGAAGAGUGACGGGGACAGCUACUUUACAGUAGACGGAACUGAAGGAACCAUCGCCACUAAUGAAUUACUGGACAGAGAAAGCGCUGUGCAGUAUAAUUUCUCCAUAAUUGCGAGUAAAGUUAGUAACCCAUUAUUAACCAGCAAAGUCAACAUAUUGAUUAAUGUCCUAGAUGUCAAUGAAUUUCCUCCAGAAAUAUCUGUGCCGUAUGAGACAGCUGUGUGUGAAAAUGCCAAACCAGGACAGAUAAUUCAGAUAGUCAGCGCUGCAGACCGAGAUCUUUCACCUGCUGGGCAGCAAUUCUCCUUUAGAUUAUCGCCCGAAGCUGCCAUCAAACCAAAUUUUACAGUCCGUGACUUCAGAAACAACACAGCUGGAAUUGAAACUCGAAGAAAUGGAUACAGCCGCAGGCAGCAAGAGCUGUAUUUCCUCCCUGUUGUAAUAGAAGACAGCAGUUAUCCUGUCCAGAGCAGCACAAACACAAUGACUAUUCGAGUUUGUAGAUGUGACUCUGAUGGUACCAUCCUGUCUUGUAAUGUGGAAGCAAUUUUUCUACCUGUAGGACUCAGCACUGGGGCUUUGAUUGCAAUCCUACUGUGCGUUGUUAUACUCUUAGCCAUAGUUGUGCUGUAUGUAGCUCUGCGAAGGCAGAAGAAGAAAGAUACCCUGAUGACCUCUAAAGAAGACAUCAGAGACAACGUUAUCCAUUAUGAUGAUGAAGGAGGGGGUGAAGAGGACACCCAGGCUUUCGACAUUGGUGCUCUGAGAAAUCCAAAAGUGAUUGAAGAUAACAAAAUUCGCAGGGAUAUAAAGCCCGACUCUCUCUGUUUACCUCGUCAGAGACCACCCGUGGAAGAUAACACAGACAUAAGGGAUUUCAUUAAUCAAAGGCUACAGGAAAACGAUGUCGACCCAACAGCCCCACCAUACGAUUCAUUGGCAACAUACGCCUAUGAAGGAAAUGGAUCCGUAGCAGACUCCCUUAGCUCCAUAGACUCGCUCACCACGGAAGCUGACCAGGACUAUGACUAUCUGACAGACUGGGGACCCCGCUUUAAGGCCUUGGCAGACCUGUUUGGUGAAGAAGAGAGUUAUAACUCUGAUAGACUCACUUAG